AUGUCAUUACUAAUCGUGAAUCCUCAGAACAAACAUCAUAUCCGUGAGAACAUAAGCGCCGAACCCAAGCCUACAUUUUGGAGUCAGGAUUGUCAUUUACUCCGUACAUCCGUGAUAUUUUGCCACUAUAUUGUACAUCACGGGUAUCGCGAGACACGGCCAAAAUCGUCCGAGCAUUAUCGCCCAAGGCGCCAGACUCGCAGCUCAUUAGCAGCAUCUACCCAGCGCAAUUCCCAAAAAGCUCCAGAGUUCAGCGAUGAUGCUUUUCUGCCGUCUGCGAAUACGGAAGACAUUGAAGAUUUACUCGAACGUCCUACAAAAAGACGCAGGCGCAACAACGAUCCUCUAACGACAACUGCCAGUACCGUCACCACUAGCACACUAGUCAGAGAGGAAGUUACGAUCAGAGCGGAAAUUCGUGACGAUGGCUUUAUCGAAACACAACCACCUUCCAACUGGGAAAUUAUAUACGAUAUCGUCAAGAAGAUGAGAACAGCAAAUCCUACUGCGUUAGUAGAUACCAUGGGUUGUGCGGAACUGCACUGGCGCGCAUCAUCGCCAAAAGAUCAACGGUUCCAGACUCUUAUUGCGCUUAUGUUGUCGUCUCAGACGAAAGAUACAGUGACUGCCGUCGCUAUGCAGCGGUUACAUACCGAGCUUGGCGAGGGAGAACAACCCAAUAACCCAUCGCCAUCAAAGACACUGAUUAAAAAAGAAGAGAACGACGCAGACAGCAUCAAAGUCGCCCUCGAAAAGAAACCCAGUACCCUAACAGUGCAAAACGUCCUCGCCGUCUCACCAGAACGAUUAAACGAAUUGAUUCGGUCUGUUGGCUUCCACAACAACAAAACAAAAUACAUCAAACAAGUCGCCAUCAUCCUACGUGACAAGUACGAGUCCGACAUCCCACCAACACCCGAGGAACUCAUGGCCCUACCGGGUGUAGGCCCUAAAAUGGCCUAUCUCUGCAUGAGCGCUGCAUGGGGUAAAUACCUCGGUAUCGGUGUGGAUGUACAUGUCCACCGUAUCACGAAUCUGUGGGGGUGGCACGCCACAAAGACACCCGAAGAGACGCGUAUAGCGCUACAGUUGUGGCUACCAAGAGACAAGUGGCAUGAGAUUAAUAAGUUGUUGAUCGGAUUGGGACAGACGGCUUGUCUGCCUGUGGGCAGGAGGUGUGGUGAAUGCGACCUCGCGGGAACGGGGUUGUGUAAGAGUGAGAUUAAAGGGUUGGUGGCUAAGACGAAGAGGGAAGUUAAAGAGGAGGCCAAAGUGAAGAUUGAGCUGCAUAGUUUGAGGUUCUUUCAAGUCCUAUGCAUUAGAGAUAAGUAG